AUGAAGAUCGAGCAAUCCCCCAUUGCGGACUUGGAGCUUGCAGUGACUAUACCAGCGCGAGGCGUUAGCCAUAGCAAUGCAUGCCCGACGCAGACACAAGCGCCAGAAAAUUCAGGUCCUGGUGACCAUCAAUAUCCACAUCUCUCCAGAAUCCGAGCUUUUCUUCUCGGAACGGUUAUAUCCAUCGCGGCCCUUCUCACCGUUCUCAACUCUCAGUCCAUCGUUAUCAUCAUCCCUAACCUAGGAAAUGCGAUGCGAAUGCCCUCUUCUCGCCAACAACUCGUUGUAUCAAUUUAUAACAUCUCCACCGGCAGCGUUAUGCUCCUUUGGGGUCGUUUAGCAGACGUAUAUGGUCGACGGUUAGGUUUCUUGUCAGGAUCAGUCAUAUUUACCUUAUCAACACUAUGUGUUCCUUGGACUCGCUAUGAAAUACCGUUCUACGUAUUGAGAGCCGUGCAGGGAAUGUCAGCUGAGGCUAUUAUGCCCUCCGGAAUUGGUAUUAUGGCUUCGAUCUUUGCACCAGGUUCUUCUAGAAACAUGGCUUUCAUCGCAAUGUCUGCCAUGGCAUCAUUGGGUUCUGUCGUGGGUAGCCUUCUAGGUGGCUUUGUAGGAUCGACUCUUGGUUGGAAGUGGGUGUUCUGGAUACCAGCUGUUGCAUCCGCCUUUACAACUGCUGUUGGCUGGUUUGUCACAGCUGGUCAUACGACGAGAAUCGCUCCUCAAGGGACAACCGAGAAUGCUGAGAGCAGUAAGAAACUCUAUGUCGACUGGAUCGGGGGAGGUCUCAUAUCAUCCAGCCUGACAUUGCUUCUUGUUGCAAUCACGCAAGGAAACGUCUCCGGUUGGUCUACGCCUUGGAUACCGCCGCUGUUGGUUGUGUCUGUAUCACUUCUAGGGGGCUUCAUCUUCUAUCAGCGCCGGUUGGAGAUAGAUUCAGACCGUAUACCUCUGAUGCGUAUGUCCAUGUUCGCGAAGAAACAGUUUUCUGCACUAUUUGUGCUGGUCGGUUGUUUCUACGCGUCGUUCAAUGGGUUUCUUGUGUUUGUCACAUAUUUCUAUCAGAAGUACCAAGGACCGGGGGAGUUGCAGACGACACUUCGAUUUCUUCCUGCCGGGAUAUCAGGCUGUGAGUACACUAUUAUGCUGAACUGUACUUAUCACUUUUCUAGUUUCAUCACGACAGUACUCAUAUCCUUUGCCGUGUUUCCAGCACUAAAUCACCUUCCUUACUUUAUUGUACUUGUUGUUGGCCUUUCAUCAGCGUUGUAUGUCCAUUCCUCUUCGCAAUACCAUCAAUUCCGCCAAUUACUACUUAUUGGGCAUGGGGAUUCCCUGCUAUGUGUCUUUCGCAAGAAGAUCAAUCUCUUGGUGAACAAUGUCGGCCGUGCUUUGGGAUUGGCAAUUGCGACGGCUACACAGACUGUUAUUGCUAGGGAUAUCGAUAACGAACAAGGAUCGAAUAUAUACUUGGACGGAUUGAGAGCUGCACAGUGGUUUAACUUUACACUGGCCAUCACCGGGAUAUUACUAGCUUUAGUCUUCUUUAGAGGUUUAGAUAGGUCAUAA